AUGAGAAGUAUCCAUGUGAGUCAGCUGAGGGCAGGAUCGUUCAGUUUGGAAAGCUUGGUCGAUGAAAUGGUUGUUAUUGAGGAAGAAAGCCUCAAGCAGACACGUGAAGGCCUUGUGGAUGUUCUGAAGGAUCUAGAGGGAAUCCGUGAAGGGUUGCUGUUUAAGAGGGAAAGGCUUGGGCAGAAGAUAAGAUCGAUUGAGGAAGGAGUAAAAUUAGACAAGAUUGAUGAGUUGGUGGCAGAGAUAAAUGGAUUGAGCAUGGAGCCGCUUGGGACAUCGAGAGAGAUUCUUGAGAGGAAUAGAGAGAUAUUGAACCUGAAAGAGAUUAGAAGGGCUGUGCAAUAUGCAGUAGAGAUUGGAAAGGGAAACUUUUCUGUUAUUGAAGGACUUUGCACAAGCGAUGAUGAACAAGACUGGAGAUUCCUAUGCUUCUUGCUUGCUAACAUUGGAGAUGUAGGAGAAGGAAGCCAGGAGAUUCUAAGGUACAAUAAGGUAGUUGAGGAGAAGAUGCUUGAAGUGUUUGAAGAAGGGAGAAAGAGCAAUAACAAGACAGCCAUGAGAUCUGCAUACAAUGCACUGGAAGAAAUGGACAAAGGCAUUUCGCUCAUAAAUGUGUAUUUGUAUUCUUUUGAGUUAUUUAAAAAGCCAGUUAGCAUGAAAUGCAAUGAAGAGGAUGUGCUUGAUCUUGACUUUUAUGUGGGUGAAGGCAACAUGUUCACAAGUCUUGUUGACAUGGCCAGAGAAACGUAUGAAAAUGACUUCCGGAAUCUUGAGGAGAUAUUCCCAAACACUAAAAAGGCAUACGGCGUGAUUCACAAGAAAGUGUAUGAGGAUGUUUUAUACAAAGGGCUUCGUGAUUGGCUUGACGGAUUGAGUCCAUGCAUGUUUUUGCUAAGUCUUGAGGGAUGCUGUAAGAACAUAAAGGUUCUUGGAUCUGUGAUUGAGGAGAUUGAUAGUAAGUUUGAUAGCGAGCGCGCCAUGCAGGAUCUUAUUUCUCAAUAUGUUACAUGUGCGAUUGAGAACGAAAAGCGUGUGUUUGAUGAGAUUUACGAGGCGAUUGUAAAGAAGAAGAGAUGUAGGAUCACAUAUAUUGUUCUUGGCACAGAAGUUGGCAUGAGCGACGAUCUUAUUUUUGGAUUUAAGCAGCUGCUGGAUGUGAUGAGCUUUGCAUUUGAGAGAGCCAACAGACUGUAUGGAGAGGUUGGAAAGGAUGAUCUUGAGGAGUACUUCUCAAGACGAAUGGGUGAGUUUGUAGGAGUGGUGUACGGAUCGAUCAAAGAGAAGCUGAAGGCUGUGAAGAUAUUGAAGUACAUGUAUCUUGUGAGUAAGAAGUACUUUGCAGACAGGUUUUGGAAGUUGAAGACAUUCCGUAGUAGAAUUGAUGAGAAUCUCAAUGAGGCUUUUGAAGAGCAUAUCAGGAGCUGUAGAAUAAGAAUUGGAGCCAGGAUUAAGGAGGAAAGGUUUGUUGAGAAAGGAAGGAGUAUUAGAGUGAUUGAGAUAGCAAGAUAUGAGUUUGACAAGGCAUCUGAAAUGUCCAUAAAGGGAAAGCACUACAGAGUAUUGGUGGGGAAGGUUUUAUAUUCAGUAUAUCAUUUUUUGUAUAAUCAGGUUGUACAAAUGGUUUUUGAUGAAUUACAAUCCGCAAAUGUUGUGGAGUAUGUCUCAGACAUUAUUGAGUUUGCGAUGGGCAUUGGAUGUGUUGAGGCUGUGCCUCGACUUGGAUACCUGAAAGACCUGUGUAUGCUUAUUGCAGUGCCUAGAGAUGGGCUUGAAUCACUAUAUGAAACUCUUCUUGGCAGAGUAUCAGAAAGUGAAAUGCAACGAAUCUUGAGGUGUAGAAAGGAUAGAGGCCAUGUAAACAGCAAAACAAACAUUAUGGAAAUGGAUAUGGGUGAUAGGGAUGAAGACACUGAUUGA